AAAUGAGGAGGUGAAUGUCAUCGUAAUAAAGACUUAAAAAUCAAUGUUAUUGAUCGUUUUUGGUGUCGUAUAUAUCAUUCACCAAGACGAAAGAUUGGAGUAUAGCGGGUUAAGCCAUGUGCUUGUAGCGCAUCAUGUGGGUCGUCGACUCACCUUUUCUUUUGUUUUUCUCCUUUCCUCCGCAUGUUCACCUGGCUAGACGUGGCCGCUACACUGAGCUACCUUGAAGACUCCGACCUUCACAAGUGUGGCAUAUUUAGAUACCUACCUAAUGUCUGCCGACGAAUGGAUUUCCGCUAAAUGCUUGGCGAAAGUACAUUUUGAAGCCUCACUAUGCAUCAUCUAAACUCUUUUUUAGUAUACAUACCCACAAAUCGUUCGUAGAGAUGUCACUUGUGCCCUGAAAGCAUUUAAGGAAUUACGUCCCAAGUUCGAAGAUUUCAUCCAAAAUGAUGGAACUUCCCGGAGACUCGUGAGCUUAGACGGCACUAUUCCUGUCAGGUAUAUGGGUUCAACUUACAAUAUCCCGAUUGCAAUAUUUCUGUUCGAAGCUUAUCCACACAAGUCUCCUAUGGUUUAUGUGAGGCCCACAAAUACUAUGCAGAUAAAGCCGAGUGAUUUUGUUGACAGUGCUGGUCUUGUUCAACUGCCGUACAUGACAGACUGGAAACAUACUUAACUAUCUAAAACACAACAAUCUCACCCUAAUUUUGAUAGGAAGUUUAUAUGGCUGAAUGUACUCCGGACAGCUUAAAUGUACUUUCCAUUUCCUGAUACUGGCUUGUCUCUAAAAAUAAUCUCUUGAAUCCCUUGAAAAUGACCAGAAAACAUACUGUGGUCAUUAUUCUUCCAGUGUUAUUUGUGAAAUAUCGUACUACCAGUAACAAGGGUAUCUCGUCCCGUAGAUUUAUAUCAAUAUUUAGAACCUAUAUAAAACUUCGUAUUAAAUUUGUGCAAUUAGCUUUUCGGUCUUUUAAUUUAGUAGCCGCUUCGCGUGUAUGGUUAUGCGAAAACAAAAAUAUAUCUAAUAGAAACUUUGUUGUGUACAACUAAACAUUUUUUUGUUCGAUGGAUUAAAAACAAAAGGGGUAGAUCCAGUACGCAUACCAAUGUGCUUGUAUCAUUAGUUUUGUAUUUGUUAAUUUCGAGUGGUUACUUCCAGGCUUACUCUUAUAAACCGACUUAAUCACAGUAGCUAAUAACUCCAGCUGCUGAACUGGAACAUUUGUCCAGUCAACCAACUGUGUACAAAUAACACAGAACUUAGGAAAAAGCUUGGAUUGAUCCGAGGUGCUACACUUUAAAUUAACAUAAUAACCGAACUAACAACUGGAGAAUAAAUGGAGGAGAAAGUGUCAUCCUAUUAUUAUGAUUAUAGUAAUACUAAGUAAAAAAUACAGCCCGGAAUAAAUGAGGAAAAUAAGGAAUGAAAAACUGAAGCAAUAUUGCUUUAAACUCAUAGGAAGUCGUAUGAUCUGUCUUAUAAUUCAGUUACUAAUAGAUGCUACUGGUGCUUGACCAACCUAACGAUAUAGUGAGAUAAGAUGGAUUGAGUAGAAAAUAAAGACCUACCUGAAUUUCCUGUUAGUAAGAUAGAGAUAAAUGCAUUCAAUAAGUCACGAGGCACUUGAUAUAACUCCAACUAGUCUUUCGAACGUUCUAUAAAAAUAUUAAAGUACAUUUUAUAACUUCCAAAUGCAAGAUAAUAAUCGAGGACUGGUCAAUUCUGGUACUCACUGUAACUACAGAAAAGCAACUUAUCUAUUAUUUCGCUUAUCUAGGUUUUGUAUCAGUUUUUGCAAGCCAACAGCUGGUGGUGAAAUUCUAGAAAUCACAACCUAUGUUGUCUAUCUUCCAUUAUUUAUCAUAUUAACAAGAUAUCUGAUUACCUGUUGAGACUCUAUUGUACUACACAGUUGUUCAAAGUGUUUCUGGUGCAAUGUUUUGAUCAAUUGUUGUAAAUAUGGGUCUGGUAAAAUGAACAGGAUGUAUUUUACUUUCCAAGACACUGUCUAUACGAAUAUACAGUACUGUAGACGAAACAGGUUAGGAAAAAGUGCAUAGGUUAAUUUACGGUUGUUACUCUUGUCAUUUGCUGUUACAUAAAUCUAAGGAAGUAUGAUCUUCCUAUCUGAUUUCUUGGAAACUAGCAGUCAGUAUAUGGCGUAAGUAAGUAUUAUGGUUAUCCUAUGUGGUGCGACUAGACACCUGUAAAGCUAACAAAUGCAUGAACUUAUUUUUCUCAAGAUUAUUAAACACCACAUCCCUGUUUAUCACUGGUUCAUCUUUCUCUGUAUCCAUCUUGACAUAUUUUUCACUUUUAUUUUGAGGAUACAAAUUGUGGCUCUUCAAGUGUAUCUUGAUACAAAAUAUACCAUAGCAAGCGAAACUACAAUAUUGGAAAUGAUUAGGAGAGGAUAAGUUCACAAUAAUAAUUAAUAUAUUAACCAGGAUAGCAUGUAUUAAUAGAUACAGUAAUUCGUACGCAACGUAAAACCUGGGACAUAUUUUAUCGUUUCAAGUCCCCACAUCAAAGAGUAAUUAACCAGUCUAAAGCUAGUAAUAUUUCAUGUUAAUUACUUUUCUACUUAAAAUACUGAUUUCGUGGUCUUAUAAUUUUUUUAUUACUGUAUUUCACUCAGAGUUUGGUUUCUUGUCGUUAAUCCCCAUUUAUUUUGUUUACAACUAACAGCCAGAUGCAGAUCUAGUUGAAUUAAUAUCAGUUUUACAGGCUGUGUUUGGUGAGACAUCUCCAGUAUUUUCUAAAUCUGCUCCCAUCACAAAACGGCAAAUUUUAAAUCCUCCGUCAAAUCCCCAAUGCAUUGGUUCAAUGCCUUAUCCAGGUUCCUUAUCACAACCUCCUAUUCCUGUCAUACCGAAUGAUCAAACUUCUAAUGUGUAUCUACCCCAGCUUGGUACCGGAUGGCAGAUACCCGGUUCUGUACCCGUACUUCCCAAUAUACCUAUGCCUCAGUUGCCCAAUUUUGCCAAUCCUUUUACUCAAGCGACAAAUUCAAAUAUGUACUCUAUGUCAAGUCAAAAUAUUCCAAUGCCAGUAUGCCCAGAUGCAUCUGCUACAUCCAACAUACCAUAUAGUAUCAACACAUUAAACGAAGAACAAUUACGAUUAUCCGUAUUAACUGCUGUGGUUGAUCAAGUUCGUCGUGUACAAAAAGAAUUAAUCUAUCAACAUCAAGAUGAUUUACAAGCAAUACGUCAAACUCAAACUGGCCUAUUUAGUGGUGGUCAAAAAAUUCAAGAAAUGAUUAAUAAAAUGCAACAAGAAAAAGUAAAUCAGUGAAUAAUUUUAAAUAACGAAAAUAACUCAAGUAAACGAACAGAUGUAUUCAUCAUUGGAAAUCUGGCAUAUAUUUGCACCUAUAUUAGCACAGUGAAGUGAAAUAAGACAAAAUACUAGAAUUGUAAUAGAAGUAGUAGUAAUAACAGUUGUAAUACGGAAGAUUAGGUAUGGGCGAUCUGGAUAGAUACUGCCGAGGAGUCACAUACCAGGACGAAAGGACUGUUCAGUGAUUCCUGGUUUUCAAUAGUUUUCCAACUAACAUUGAUUGGUUCAGGAUCUCAUUGAUAAACAAUGUGAUUCGAUAAGAAUAACUCGUGAAUCAAAAAGGAAACAGCAAUUUUAAAACCCAAAAUCUAAAGGAAGAUAAAAAGUGAAUCCAUUCUCAAUAUUACGACCGAUUCAAAGUCAUGUCAUUCAAUAUCACUCGGACCUGCAACCAGAUUGCCCGAGCCUAUCAAUACUUCUCAGUUUAGUUGUCAGUAACCUUAUUUUGUUGAAAGAGUAAAAACAGUUUAGCGAAAAGACGUUUCUUUUCAACGAUAUCAUCCAUUGAAGCCGUACAAUCGUGUUUAUAGGGAUAUAACAGAUAGAUAAGUCGAUAGAAGAAUAAAAAGAAAUUACAUCAAAAAAUGCUCUCCGAUUUCAAGUCUCGAAAAAGUUGCGUAACGAUCUAGAAGUCAAUGAAUAAUAAUAAGAUGAAAAUAAUUUACAGGUUAAAAGUGAAGGAGAUCACUGUCUAUUUGACAUGUGCAAAGAAAACAUGAGGGAUGAUACAACAACAAUCAAAUAAUAACUUAUAAAAAAAUUAUAAGAGCAGUUACUGCUGAUUGCUAAUUAUUGAAAGAAGACAGACUAGAAGAGAUGUUAGGGACUUAUAAAACAAUGAUUAACUAGACAUGUCGCAACACGAUUGUACAGCUUCAGUAAAUGGUAUCAGUGAAUAGUUGAGUGGAUAACACAAUAGCAUUUGAAAAGAAUGUUAAUGUUUUGAGGUCCCGGAGCGAACAUCAACUCUAGGAUGCAGGUACAUUCAGCUGACGAGUCCCAAUUAGGAUGGAACGCGCGUCCUGAAUUCCACUGCUAGCCACCAUCCGUCUUUGUUUUAUAAUGCUUGUGACUUAGUGGCAAUAUCGAAACAGUGCAUAGGAUAUAUAUAAAGAGACUGAUCAAUUGCAGUCUUAAAAAUCAAUGGGAAGAUCUAAACAACCAAUACAUAUGAAGUAAUAUUUUAUUUAAAUGAAGUUUCUAUUCUUCCCUUCAUGAAUUGAUCAAAAUCAAACACGUAAAUCAUUAGAUGGCAGUUCAAUGUACUCUAAAGUUUAAGCGCUCAUCGCUUUUCCUGAAGGUCUCAGAUUCAAUCUUCUGUGGAGUAGGUCGUGGGUGCACAGUCCUGAAAAGUCCUAAGCCGGGACGAAGUGGCUGUCCAGUACUUCUUGUUUUUAAAUGGUUGUUUAACUAUGGUCAGUGCAUGCUGUCAGACAUAAAAUUCCCUUGAUAUCUACCGAUCAAAACUUUAUGCAUUCGUUUUGAAAUUCCUCAAACCAUACAUUGAAACUCAUCAAAUCAUAAUUCACAACAUCUUUGUUGUUAUAUUUGUGCGAAUCUCGAUAAUGAAAUUAAGGAACACAGGUAUAUGGUCAUUUUGCACAAUGCACAUUCUUAACAAAUCCAAUCAUAUAUUUUCAUGAAAGAAGGCUAGUUAGCUGGUGAUAAUUGUAUGGAAAUAUAAGAAAAAGAGCAGCAUGUAAUAAGAUGAAUAUUCAUAAAUUUCUACACCAUCCUUAUUGGUAGUUUCAUUCUAAAAUUAGAACAAUUUCGAUAUAAUAGACAAAGAACUAAACAGUUGAGUCUUAAUUCAUUGGAGGGUAAGCGAUCCACAAAAUAGAAGUCUUUCAAUCGGCUAUGGUUUUUAGCCACGUUUAUUUUCCUAGUAAUAGUUUGCGUAUAAGUAUGACAGUUCUAUUCGAUAUUUAUUUAUUUAUUUGAACACAUGAAUAUUGGUACAAGAGAGCGCCAAUAUAUAUGCGCCACACAAAACAAUGAGAAUUCGAAGAGAAAAGAAAAAAAAGGUAAGGAGCGUAAAAAAAAGAGAACAAUAACGAAGAGAUUGGUGUAAAGUAGUGUGGUAGUAAUGAGAGAACGGAAAGGUACAGUCGGAAGAAAUCUUUCAGGCAAGGGAGACACAACCACUUUUUAUGCAGAAAGUAAAAGAAGGUCACAGCAGGAUCGCCACUGGCUUCUAUUCUGAGCCAUAUCUGAUAACGUCUCUAGCCACUGUGUAGCACCAUCUCUCGGACCCCAACCAGGGAGCCGAAGACCAACAGAAGUCAGCCCUUUGCAGCUUUCUUUCAUACCACGACACCAUGUCAUACACUGAUCACCUCUACGCUUUUUACAACCAGUCCCAACAUCGGCAAAUAAUGUACAACGAGGAAUUCUCUGGGACGACAUUCGUAGAACAUGUCCAAGCCAUCGAAGUCGGUGUUUCAAGAUGGCGACACCAAUUGAAUUAUCAUCUCUGUGCCCGAACACACGAUGCCGAACCUCUGCACUACUAACAUGGUGUUGCCACUGGAUGUCAGCAAUCCUUCGGAGACAACGAUGAUCGAACACAGAGAGUCGUCCAACAUCCUCAACUCGGAGAGGCCAGGUUUCACAAGCAUAGAGCAAAACUGCUCUCACCGACGCGUUGUAGAUCCGACCUUUUACAGCCAGACUAACAUCACGAAGGCGCCAAAGGUGGCCCAAAUUGGCAUAAGCCGCUCUGGCUUUCACUAUACGUGGAUUGAUCUCAUUACUCAUGCCACCACCAGCACUUAUGCAGCUACCCAGAUACACGAACCUCUCGACUACUUCUAUCUGCUCACCAUCCAGCGUGAGUACAGGAUUACAAUCCUGCCAGUCUUGUAGAAGUACUUUGCAAUUCGAAGGUGCAAAGCACAUACCAUACCUACGGACACUGAUUGCCAACUGAUUCGAUAAAAAAACGCUUACUCUAUCUGUUAGUGGUCUUGUUUCUGGCAUAAACUCAUUUGGAGUUUCAAGUCAAUCAUCCAGUCUUGUGAGAGCAGCCAUCAUCUCGGACACGUAUCAUUACAUAUCAUGUAUUGAUUAGUAUUUUAUCUAUUCAUUUUAACAAUUAAUUACCUCGUUCAUUCAUCAGAAAUUCAUAAUCGUAACAAAUUUUAUUUUGGACUUAUAAAAGAAACUUGAGUUUUGAAUGUCUAGGACUUCGUACAAACCUAAAAAUACACUUCUAAAAGUUUGUAUACGAAAAUUAUGACUAACUGAGAAGUGCGUGAAGUAUGCAGUCUUUAAAGAUCAUAUUAAUGGUCGCAAAGAAGAUAUAAUUCAUAAACCUUGAAUUUAACAACGAUAGUGGUUAUACUACACUUAGAAACUGGUAACUUUAGCUUAAAAGAUAUUUCAUGUAGUAAAUCACUUUAUAACCUUUUAAAACCACCGUCUUAUAUGCCUUCAGAAUGAAGGAUAAAUUGUCACAACUGAUCAUUUCAGUGUGUAUAUACAAGUAUCACAUGCUCUUGUGCAGCUUAGGUACAUAGGUCAUUAGUUCAGAUCUGUGUGAUGUAUAACAGAAUACAGCAAUGACAACACAGCUUAUUUGUGUUCUCUUAUCUAUAACAUAUAUAGUUGGCAUAGGACAUUCAGUCUGUAAUUCUUUUUUUGACAUCGCAUUUGCUAAGGAUCCAGUUAAACUCCCAAAACUUAUUCUCCAUUUUACUCAUUUAUAUUUUUUCUUAUUUUUCCAAUUGUACACAUUAUCAGGAUCGAGUUUGUACAGAAAUGGAAUCAGUCAAGAGGAAGAUUAAAGAUUUAGAAGAGACUUCAGAGAAACUACGCAAAUCUGACUCGAAUUUCAUAAUUGAUGAAGUAUUCGAUACGACUGCUCCAUUAUAUCGUCAAUUAGUUGUUUCAUUCGCUGAAGAACAAGCUAUAGAAGAUGCAAUUUAUUAUUUGGGCGAAGCAGUGGGUAAAAAUGUGUUCGAUGUGGAAGUUUAUUUAAAAGUAAGUUGUCAACUGUUUUUUAGAAAUGGUAUUCUUCAACUUGCUUCACCCGUUGUUGCGCAGGCAAGAUGUUCGUCUCCCAAACAAAGGAUGAGUUCAUUACUCAGCAAUUCGCCCCGUCCUACUUUAUGGGUGGGAAACAUGGCCAUUAAGAAUAGAGAAUAUUCGUAGGUCACUAGUAUUUGAUCAUAGACAUCUUCGAAGCAUUUCUCGUGUAUUUUGGGGUCAUGGAGUAAGCAACGCCUCGGUUAGGAACAGAAUAUUAAGUAAGGAUGACAAAUCCAUUGAUAGGGUAGCAAUUAUCUAUCAACUGAGGUGGUUGGGACAUGUGUUACGCAUACCCAACCAUUGCCUAUUUUGGCGGGCGAUGUUGUCUGAUGUAGGAGUAGGCUGAAAGAAAGAAAAACAUGGCAGCAGUUCACAAUUGGAAUGAUCCAUGUUAACAGGUGUAAACCACCCUAUUGGUAUCCGCGUGAUUAUCGUAACGAAUGGUUAGAGACUUUGAAUGACUAUUUCGUCUCUUUGUGCUAACAGGUUAUCAACUUGAACCGAUGUACAUACGCACUAGGUUUUAUGUUGUGACUGUUUGACACAUCACUCAAUCACAUAUUCUGAGAUAACAGAUAAAUAAAUCGCAACUUAUAUUUUCAAUAUGCUGAUAAAAUAUAAGAUUCAAUAAAAAAAAUGAUUGUCUUAUUCAUGAUGGAACGUAAUUUAUCUUACCAAGUAGUUAUUUUUGUACCCGUUUGUUAGUAGCCACAGGCAUGGGGGCCAGUGAAAUACUGUCAAGCUCCCUAAACUGUGGUAGAUAUGUAAGUGACGUUUGAGCCGGCAAAUUACUUUUUCAAAGUUUAAUACUUUAAUCGUCAAGCCACCCCUUCACGCUUUGUUCAAUACUAUAUUUUUGGAGACAGUGGGAAAUCUUCAGUACAAAUUAUAGGUUAUUACAAUAAACCUCUCUUACGUUACAUUUUUAUAACACUAAUUCACAGCCUGUUAGUUCCAAACGUAAAAGUUUUGAAUCAUUUUUUCUCCCACGUUCACACUAUAUAUAUCCUGUGCGGAUUGCGUCAACACAUCGAUUAUAACACAAGUUUUUGUAGAAUACAUGUAUUUUAAUACAACUGAGUGACUAUCUGAAUUCGAUAGCCAAGUGGAUAGCGCAUUGGUAUUUGAAGCGACAUGUUACUGGGUUCGAGUCCUGGAGUGGAUACCAACUCUCGAAUGCAGACUUAUCCAGCUGACGAGUCCUGAACGGGGCGAAACUCACUUCCUGCGUUCCACUGCUAGCCACACUCUAUUCAUACAUAUUCUCAAUCUUUAGCCUUCCUCAUUACCAUCUCUCGCUACAUUAUUUCCAUUUCUUUUUCUGUUCAUCUUGUUAACUUGGUCUCUUCGUGCUAAUAUGGUAUGGCAACUCGAGCCAACCCACAUUUGUGGAAAGCUCUUCAUAAAUUGUGACUGUCCACUUUUUACAUCACUUUGGUCUAUCAAUCAAGCUUUCUUUCAAAACGGGUGACUAACCGUUCAUUCUUCUUCUUCUCCUCCUCUUCCUUCCUCUCCUUCUUCUUCUUGCUUUUUGCUUAUUAUUAUUAUUGGUUGUAGUAGCAAUAGUCCGUAAGCAAAUAACCAAUAUCACUGGUAUUAUACCAUAAUCCAUAGUAUUGAUCAAACUUUACCGAUCAUUAUAAGCGAAAAUGGAUAGUGGCUAGCAGUUGAAUCCAGGACGCGCGUUUCGUCCUAUUUGGGACUCGUCAGCUAGAUGUACCUGCAUCUCAGAGAGUUGAUGUUCACUCUGGGACUCGAACCCAGUACCGUUCGCUUCAAACAUCCCAGAGUGAACAUCAACUCUGAGAUACAGGUGUAUUCAGCAGACGAGUCCCAAAUAGGACGAAACACACCUCCUGGAUUCCUCUGCUAAUCACUAUACAUCAUUGCUUAUAAUGUUUGUGAAUUAAGGCAAUACUCACAGAAUGCAUAUAUGCCAAUAAGAGACUGAUCAAUUACAGUCCUAAACAUCAAUGGGAAGAUUAAAGUAAACAACACCAAGUGACUUGAUCGAUCAUGUUUGUAGUUUAUUUAGUCAUUCAUGUCAUCAUUAUCUUCACAUCAGUUGUUGACCUCAAUAUCAUUAGCUUACAAUAUCAUUUUUAUGCAUACACGCCAUUGUUAGUAUGCCACAAAAAAAUUUAUUGUAAUGCGCCAAAUUAACAUUUCUUUAUAUAAUACUGUUCUAUAUUCAAACACCUUUCAAUUAAAUUGAGUCGUACAAAUGAUUACUUUAUAUUUGCUGAGAAUUAUAAGGAAGAUUAAAUAUCAACUCUUGCGACUGCUAACUGACAUUACUUUCCUGAUCAAAGUUAAGUUCAGUACAGAUAAUGCAAUACAAGUAUUAAUUAAUAGUUUCACUUAUUGUCAUAAAAGCUAAUAUGCACUAACAAACUUUUCAACUACACUGUUUUACGAUUAAGAACUCCUGGUAAGUCCUUCCCAAUGAAUCGGAGAGUAGAUGUGAUGUUAAAUGAUCUUGUUUCAGAUUAUAAUAUAUGUAUCAACUGCGAUAAACUGAUUACUUACUUAAAUACAUAAACAUCGGUACAACGAGGCACCAAAUAUAUAUACACCACACUUCGUCAUUUGAUUUGUGUGAGGGCUGGAACACUAUCUGCGCUCCCAAACUGAAGCAGGUGGUUUCCUUAGGGGGCCAUACCCGGAGACUUCGACCUGGAGGUUUGGUCAACGUCACCAGACGCAGUCCGAUGACCAACAGUCGGUUCAUACGCCAUUUGUUCUCUAAGGAUCCUGGAGCCCAUGUGCACCAUUGUUUUGGAACCAGUGUUUUCCAAUCCCCUAGGUGGAUCCUCCAUAACCACCAACCCAAUUAAAGCGCCGGACAUUUGCUUUCCGUACUUUCAGUUUCAUAAACAACACACGCGCUGCGAGAAGGUAGUUAGUAGAACUUCCUUGUCAGUGAUUGUAUACGCGGGGCCAUGUGAAAGCAUUUCGCGAGGGAUGUCGGACUCUCCACCCUCGACUGUAUCAGGUUAUUUGGGGGCGAUGAUUGCCAAGUAAUUCUUGACAUGAAUACCGUAGAUUCAUUUCGGGUUCACCUUAGAUAUGGAUAACGUUUGGGCACUAGUGUGGUAAUCACCACUCUUUCAGAGUACAGGUAUAUUUUUUAGUGUUCAAACAAGUGUAUGAACGUGUAAUUAAUGCAUCUGUAGUUCGCAGCUGACGAGAAACCUCGAAAUAAUAUGAAUUCAUACUAUUCUGCAUCAAUGUUUGUUCUUGCUCUAUUUAAGUUCGCUUUCUGUUGGUUUUCCUCGUGUUAUAGUGUGAUCAACUCCAAGACAACUAUGACAUUACUUCCAUUUUAGUUUGAUAGGUAUUCUUUGAGCCUGCAUGCUUUUCAAUGGUUGAAUCAACUCAAUGACCAAUAGCCAUGUAAUUGUUAAGGAAAUUUAGAUCUGAUUCGCGCAAAAUGAAAUUCUUCUAUACAGUCUAAAGGGCCAUGGGUUCAAUUCUCGAAUCCGGGGUCGUGGAGUACUUUACAUUCUUGAUUCAUUUAAGUUCAUAAUUAAUUGUCAUCUAAGUAAUUGAACUGCUUUUGUAAUGCAAUAUUUCUUUCUCUACUUGUCAAAAUAUCCAUAUAUAAUUUUAAACUUGACAGUCAGCAUAACAUUACAACUUAGAAAGAAAAAAGGAAUGACGAUAAAUGGAAGAGAUCCCCUCCAAUCGAUACAUAUUGUUUAGGUAUCAGUAAUUCUAUUAUAUAUAAUACAUACAAAUUGUUGAAUCAAUAUCUUUUUGUAUAGCGGGGGGGGCUAUGGAGAUCGACAAGUUUUAUACUCUUACAUCGUGAACUAAUUUUUGUUUGAGAACUUUCACUGUUCCAACCGAUCAUCGUAUAAGUUCUGAUUAUUAUUACUAUUAUUGUUAUUGUUGUCAGUAGUUGCAGUAGUAUACAAAACACACGUAAUCUCUAUUACUUUAAAGCGUAUAUUUAUAUAUCUGUAGGCAAUGUGAUCCAAGCUUUUUUCAAUCGCUGUAAUCUUUACAAAUAUAAUUUUAGUAUCAGAAGGGGUUUUGUG